AUGACGUGUGGCUACAACGCGCAAAGCUUGGUAGGGUCAAUGGAACGUCGGUUAAGCACAAAUCGGGCAACUGACUGGGGACGCAUUGUCGACUUGCUCCACACUAGAGGUGAAUACGAGUGCCCACCCGGUAAUUGCCAAAAUGAAGCUCUCACUUCUUGCACUGGCCAGUGCUGCCUCCGCGGCCGUCAUCACCACGCGCGAUGUUGUUUUCGAAGCCCGCAACUUCACCGCCAGCUGCGUCCCUCACAGCGCCAUGUGCUUGUAAGCAUUCCGCCCCCCUCCCUAUCCAACACGUUAAUAUUAACACGAGACAGCUACUCUCUAAAUGCCUUCAUGCCUGGAACCAUGGACACCCUAGGCUAUGACUGCACCGCCUCCGGUGUGGGCGGCCCGGGAAUCCUCCCCGAGAUUCAAGGCGGCACCUGCCCUCCCUCAUCGCGUACUUUCGACGUCGUCCGAAACGAGACCGGCAUGACCGUCAUCGUCAGCGUUCAAGUAUCUCUUCUUAGCUACACCAGGGGCGCGCAUUUCAUUCCCAACGAGCAGAUCCAGGUCAUGAAGGGCGUUACUCCGACUGGGGAUUACACGGCCUAUGUUGGACCCAAGGACUUUCCGCUGGAGAGGAUAUGGUAG